AUGAAAGCACACACUCGUUCGUUCCACGUGGGAGGACGAAUUGCCAAAUUUGAUGGCAUGCAAAUUGGAUUCAACAAAUUACUGCAACAACAACAACAAUACUCACGACGAUUCUUCUCCUCCGAGCACAGAAUUCUCUCUGAGAAACAUUUGUAUGGCUCAUGGGCAUCAUCCUCACAUCUCUCUUUCAUGAAUGUGCAAAGGCAUUCUUCUUCCUCCUUCAUGCCGUGUUUCUUUUCUCAACAACCAUGUUCGUUAUCAUCAGUUCCGAAGGUUCUGGAAAAUAAUAAUAACUUUAAGAAUGGAAUAGGUCCAGGAUUUUCGUCGUCGUAUGGCAUGAAAAGUUUUUCCACCUCUCUGAACCAUCCAUUGAAUUCUCCCCAAGAUCCUCAAACAAAUGCUUCUGUCCCCAACACUACAUCCAUCACCGCUUCUUUUACAUCAUCAUCACCUAACCAUGACUCGGAACAAGAAAGUAAAACACAUUUUUCCAAUCAACAUCAAAAACACAACAAAAUGGCAAAAUUCAUUUCAAAGGAUCAGUACAACCAUGUUCUACUCUCUCAAUUAUUUAAUGUGGACAACCAAUCACAUAGAGAGAACCUUCUUUCCAGGACAAAACAUUUACUUUUGAACAAAAUAGAUGCUCAAGCUUCAACACAUGAAAUUUUUAGAGCUCUUGAUGUUUUUACGAAACAAGAUAUCAAAGAAAUUAUUCAGUUUCUUGAUGAGAAAGAUUUAUUGAUACCAUUUUUCAAAAAACAAUUCUCACACAUGGUAUUAAUGAAAAUUUUCAAUUGUGCAGGUCCAGAAGAAAAAAGUUUCCUCAUUGACAGGUGUUUAUUUUCACAAAAUGUGAUGGAAAUGUGCACUGGGCAAUUUUCCAGCGCGACUGUGAAUGCAUUCAUUCCAGGAUUCAAUUUGUCAGAGAUGACAAGAUUUUUACAAAUUCUAAAAGGAAUUUCCAUUUUGGAUUUAACAAAAAGUGGAGGAGGAACUGUAAUUUUGGAAACAGUACUCAACCAAUUGCAGGAUCCUUCCUUGAAAGAAGAAUAUUUUAGCAUGGUAGAACCAUACUAUUCAGAAUUGAUGACUGAACAACAUGGAAAUUAUCUUGUACAGAAUUGUAUUUCUCACAUGACGAAGGAGCAACGUUUACGAUUUAUUGAGUUACUUUCCAAAGAUUUAAAAAAUUUAUGCCAAACCAGCGAAGGAGCCAUUGCGACAAGACACUUUUUGAAAACUUCACCAAACUAUUUGGUACGACAUUUUUUCACAAACAUAGUCAUACCGGAUGUUGGAAUUUUUGCUAACAACAAGUUCAGCAAUUUUAUCAUUGAAGAAAACUUUUCCAAACUCUAUCAAAGCGAGCGGAAACAAGUACUGCAAGGAGUCAGUGCCCAUCUCGUAGAAAUAUCUAAAACUGCUCAUGGCAGCAUGUUUUUGAAGAAAUUGUUCCAACUCGCUGAUAGAAGUGACGAGUUGAUGGUGUUUUCCAAGGCUGUGAAGAAUAAUUUACUCGAACUUUCCAAGUCGACUACAUCUUCGUAUUUUGUUGUGGAUGAUUUGUUCACACAUGUGCUCAAACUAGGACAUUCAAGAAGGGAGAUUUUGAAUGCAAUGAUCUCUCAUUUUCUCUCACUGAUUCAAUAUACUUAUGGAUCCUUGUUUAUGCAACUCAUGUUCAAGAGUGAAGAUGUGGAACGAAGCGAGCUUGAAGUUCUCGUUCAUAUCAUGUCGAAUCAUUUCGAUCGCAUGUUGACAGAUGCAAAAUCUGCUGCACUAUUGCGAGUAGCCAUAGAAAAUGGUUUUGCAGAGACGUUUUUCUUGAAAAUGAAAGGCAAAACAUUUGAGCUAGCACAACAAGUUCAUUCGUCAUAUGUGGUUGUUGCUUGUUUACAAAAUUGUAAUAGAUCCACGGUUGUGCAAAUGUUAAGGGAGCUCUUGUUGGAUCCUUCAUUGCCCAAUUCCGCCGUAGAAGGCGAACAACAAGUCGAUCAAUCCGUCCCAUUGUCCAAAGAACGGGUGUUGACUUUAUGCCGACACAAGUCGGGGUCGUUUGUCAUGCUUGAUGUUUUUAAGGUUAUUGAAAAAUAUGCCAGCAAAGAAGAUGAGGAGCAACUUUUAGUCAAGUUGGCAUCGAUUCUGGUGGAGUCUGAGCGAUCCAUUCUGAAUUACAGGCUCCUGAGUACAGCCAAGGAAAUUUUGUCAAAACACUCUUCAUCACCAAAUUCGAGCAACUUGAGGGUGCGUUCUCGAUCAUUCCACGAAGUACUUGCAGUGUCAGCAAUUGAAACACAACGAGAUUUUACUGGAAUAUAA